AAAACGGAGAUGGCCAAGUUUUGACUUCCUUCCACUCUCAACGGACUCUCCCAAUUUCACAACGAAAAUGACCACCACCACCACCGCCGUCUCCGUCGUCAUCACCACCGUCUUCCUCCUCCUGACUACUUCCACCACUUCCAUCCCAAUCAUAGGCUUAGACUCCUUCCUAUCUCAACAAUCCCGUCUCGAUCCACAGGCCACUAACGACACCUUCCUCCUUCUCUCUUCCCCCCUGAAAAAGUCCCUCUCCUCCAAUCUCCGACCUCCACCAACCACCUCCGCCCUCCUCUCCCUCCAAAUAUCCGUCCCCAUCUACGUCAAACUCGUCGGUCCUUCCUCCUCUUUCCCCUCCACAUCCCCUUCCCUCCUCUUCUCCUUCCUCUCCGCCGCCGUCUCCUCCGAUCACUUCCAUGUCAUCACCCCUUUUCUCACCAACACCAACCACCGUCUCGCUCUCACUCACUCUCCCUCCCUUGACGUCUCCCUCUCAUCCUCUUCCCUCUCCGUCAAGCUCUCAGAUAAAAUAAAAUCAGAAAUCGCAACAUCUCCAUCGCCUCUCAGAUCCAAUUUGAUUUCGAUUUCUCACGAUUCGAUCGAUUCGAUUAUCAAACAGGAUUUUGAAAGGGAAAAACCUCUUCAAGGGGUUUACAUCUACUUGCUCAAUUUAGGGACUCAAUCGAAGCCCUAUGCUUAUAAAUACACUGAUACUGGUGAUUCAUCUCUUGGUGUUACCAAAUGCUCCGGCAGCAUCUGGACCGGAAAAGGUAGGUACUUGUGGAUGGAUUUGAGUGCAGGACCUGUUGAUUACGGCCCUGCGUUAUCUGGUGACGGAGUUUUGCCAAGAGGAGAGUUUCAUCCAUUGACAGCAUUGCAUGGUCGACCCAAGUCUCAAAAAGCUUUACUUGCUGAUAUGGCUUCUUUGAUUUGGAGCGCCUAUAAAGUACUUCUUGUACCCUCUUUAAGAAUUCCUGUUCCUUUUGAGAAUUCAUUGAUUGUUCAGUUUAUACAUAUUCAUGGCCCUGAUAAGGAUCCUAAAGGUCUAGAUUUUAAUGUGAUCGAAAAAAACUUCAUGGAUGAAGCUCAUGAUGGCGAGUUGUUGUUUAAAGAUCAGUCAUUGAAGUUCAAGACAUAUGAUGUUGAUUUGGCUGAAUGUUCCAUUUGUUCUUUUGCCAUUUCACUCUCAGUCACAUCCUAUACAUCUAGAUACUUGUUCGAUAAUUAUACCUUGAUUGUUAGCGAGUAUUUAGAUUCUAAACGCCUUCAUCAGACGUUAUCGGAGUCCCAAGAUGAGAUUAGGAGGUUGGCGAAACUUCCGGAAGAAGAUUUUGGGAGGGUUCUUCCUGUUUAUAUCUUUGACUUAGAGGUGAAUACCAUUUUGCUGCUCGAUCGGUACCAUCAGUCUGUUGCAUUCAAGGAUAUGGUAAUUGCGGUUAGGACUAAGAACACACAGACUGUGAGUGAUUAUAGUUGCAACGGCCGUCAUGUGUUUACACAAACUCGGGAACUUGAAAGGCCGCUUGUGGGUUCAAUCUUGCAGAGUAUGUGGGGAGUGUCACCAACCCAUUUGGUUUGGAGCCCACAGCAUAAUAGCACCCUGGUGGAUUAUACUUGGAGUGUUGGGCACACCCCAUUUGGUCCGUUUUCAGAACUUUCUUCAUUGUCUUUCAUACAGAAAGAUGCAACUAGGAGGAAUGUUCUAUUGACAUCUUUGAACUACACCAUCACAAGUGCACUUGAUGUUCUUGAAUCCAUAGCCGCCCAUGGUGGCGAGAGAAAGCUUCUGCCACACAAUGAACUUCCUGAGUUCAUACAAAGAUGGAACUUGUUUAAAUACAAGCUGGAUAAGGUGGUUUCUUCUUUGUCACAUUUGGACUUUGAAAUGGCUUUAUAUUACUUGAGAUCUUCUGAUCAUGAUCUGUAUGCAAUCCACUCUAUCGUAUAUCAUGCAUCUCAAGACCUGGAGGCAUCGCUUGUUUGCUUUGAAGACCCACCAUUUCCAUGGGCAUCGUUUUCCAUGUCGAUAGGAAUAUUCUUUGUUCUCUUAUAUGCUUAUCUGCAGAGAGACAAGCUAUUCAGUAACAAAAGGAAGCAGUUUUGAAGUGUAAAAGGAGGAGUUUUAACAGUUGCAAAGAUUCAUCACUGUAUUACUGUACGAUGAAAUGGUUCAAGGCCCGUACCUUGCCUCAGUGAGUCUAAGCAAUAUGUUGGCUUGUUUUAGAUAUAUUUUCUUUCUUCAUAGUUGAGAUUUCAGCUCUAGUUUCUCCUUCCAUUUACUGGGAAUUGAGUAAAAUUGGAUAGAAAUAUCAGUCUCUUCUUUUUGCAA